GAAGAGGCCGUUGAAGAUGUGGCGCAGGCCGGAGCCGGGGUUGGAGAUGACCCGGCCAGGGCCGACGCCGGGAGCGUCAUUGAUCCACAACGUCGACGAGCCGCCCUGGUCAAGUGCCAUGGCUGAUGACGCGCCGACAACGUCCUUGAGAAAGUAGGCCAUGGGAGCAGCCGAGAUGCCGCAAGUCGGAUCGUCGGCGUGGCAUCCGUCGUGGCCGUCGGCCACAACGAGAGCGACGGAGAGUACACCGCCCGCGGAGGAGACGAGUCCGAGCGCGCUGUUGGAUGAGUGUGACCAGAUGUUGACGUUGAGAUCGUCUUCGGGGAUGGCAAACUCGCCAUCGUUGACAAGGAUGGGCCCGGCGGCGAGGGCAUGGCGCGUGCCGGGCAGAACCUGCUCACCGCGGUGCAGGACGCCAAUGUGCGAGCUGGCACCGUCCAUGACAAGUACCGCCGGACGGGCGUAGCCGGGCUUGUCGCAGUUGUACGAGUGGGCGACGCCAUCGAUGACUGUGGCGCAGUCCCCAAUGCCCCAGCUCGGAUGGUCGGCCGAGACGUUGCGGGCGGCCUCGGCGCGAUCCUUGGUCCAGCACACAUCGUCAACAAACGACUUGUC